CCUUCUUGUCUUCAAGGCCUCUCAACAAGAUGCCUUCUCACAAAAUUUAGGUUCGUCGAUUUGUUCUGACAGAAUCUGAGAAGCUUGUUUGGGCAUGAACAAUGUAUUAUGGGCGCGGUAACGCCUACCCGCUGACGACGCGCUUCCCACCAGAGAACAAAAAGCCUUCCUCGGCGAACGCCGACCUCGACAAUAAGCCCUUCCACGUCUCUAGCUCUACGCCCGACACGGCGCUUUACAAAAGGCUCGAGAGCGACGGCGGGCUUGCCUUGUCUCGCCUUUCCUUCCUUGCUCCUUGCACGGCAAGCAUCGAUAGAGCUCUCUUCAUAUUUCCUAUCUCUUCAAAGUCACCAUCCUCGCUGGGCGAGUCCUCUCCUUUCAUCACUCACGACACACCUUCCUCCCCAUCUCCCUCUUCCGUCGCUGUAGAAAAUGAGGAACGUCAGCACCGCUCGGACACCAAAGUCGGCCGCCUCCUCGGUGCACGGCUCUCGCGCUCAGCGUCACUUGGCCUCGUACGCGUGCGCGCGCACGUCCCUCCCCCGCUCGCCCUUGUCCCUUGUCCCCCACUCCCUCAGUACGCGAUCGCAUCUGCGAAGGGCUCGCCCCCACUCUCGCGUUCGCGUCGUUUCACCCGGAUGUUCAAACGCUUCAUCUCACGGACCUGCAGACGGAGUUCACCCAAAACCACCGCGAACAUGAACCAAAGCGCCCACGUGACCGCGCAUGCACCCAAGCGCCCAGAAAUGGGGAACCGCACGCGUACGCGUACAGAGGACAUCACACACGCAGCGCUCGCUGGCUCACUUGACUACACGAACGUCGAUGCAGACGUCCUUAGCGUCACGGACGUCGACCUCGAUAGCCCUCCCCCCUCUGCGUUCACGUUCUCAACCUCUGUUCCUACGACCCCCGUCACCUCCAGAAGCAUCUGCGGUCCAGGCUUCGGAUUUGGGUUCGUACCGAUGAGCGAGGUCCUCGAUGAGAUGCUCGGUUCUGCCGCAGGUCCUACUUCUCGCGCCAGCGACAGUCCUAGACUGAUAUCAGGCGUCACAUCCCCAUCCUCCCCCGUUUUCGCCAAGAUGCGUCCUCUGAACAGACGCUUCCAGUGGGACAAUCCCGAGCCGUUCGCGUGCGGCGCCCCUGCUCACGUCCGCGUCGAGGUCGAGGAGGUGGUGGACCCGAUGGCGCGUCAUAUCUCGAUGUACGCCUGCGUCGAGAACGUGGGUCUCAACCGUGAAGAGGAUGAUGACGAGGAGGCGGAAUACGAGGAGGACGCUGGGUACUAUGCUUCAGCGUAUGGCGGCAUGGCGGGGAGCGUGCACACCUUUGCAUGCGCGGCGGACUUCUUGCCUUCUCCAUCCGCAGAAACCACCGCUCCCUCGCACUACUCACAGUCGUGCUCGCAUUGCUGUAUACCUGCCCUCGCGGACGGCGACGAGUCGGACGACGUCGCCUCGUUAUCCGACGCCGCUUCCGCUCUCUCCUUCAACUCAGAGUUCGGCUCGACCGAUUGCGCGUCUAACUUCGGCGCCAAGACGGAUGCGAGCACUCCCCCAUCCUCUCUGUCUUCGCCAUCUCCGUCACCGUGCCCUUCCACUCCAACCAUGUCCAUUGCCGACCUCACUACUCCAUUGUCUCUCGAGGAGUUUGGCGAUGUCUCUUCCUACUUGAGGGGCCGGAAGAAGAGCGAGGCAGUGCGCUCGCAGCGCAAGACGAUGCAGGCGCUCGGCGUUGAGGCCGCUGUCGUACGCCAUCAAGGGGUGGUAUUCCGUCCUGUCGUCAACUAGGAAACCAUCUUAGAGUCUAUCCACGUCGAGAUGCCGGGUCAUCUCCCCGAUCAUGUCUCCAUUUUCCACUGGACAUGGACACUUACACAUAGGCUUCCAUGUAAUACCCGCUCGUUUUCUUACGCUGUUCCACUCCAACGCAUUACCCAUCUUUGUACUCGUCCCUGAUCAAAACGCAUAUCAUCGCAUUAUACCACACACACGUCUCUUACAUCCAAUCUGUCACGUACGCUGUACCCUCGCACACGUCAAUGCAUUUGUUCUCCAUCAACC